AGCGGAAGUAAACAGAGAGCACGUAGCAGACUAGCGGUGCUGGAAUUGAAAUGGAUUUGUGCUCAUUGCGUUGUUAAAUAUCAUUUAAUUUCGUUUUGCAUUGCAGAUUAUAACAUUAGUAUUACCCUGCUCGGCAUCUUCUUUGUUUAAUACAACAAAUGCGUGUUUUUAUUUUGCUCGUCAAUAGCAUGUAGCGUUAGCCUGGCUAGAAAGACAUCAGUAGGCUCUCUAAGCUGUCUCUUAAAUAUUAAUGGACAAACCGUUUAGAUCUAUUCAAGUAUAUUUUAUCUGUUAAAAAUGAAUGGUCAAGCUGAAGUAGAGGUUGAUUACAAGAGAAAAUACAAAAAUCUUAAACGCAAAUUGAAAUUUCUUGUGUAUGAGCAAGAGUGUUUUCAGGAGGAGCUAAGAAGAGCCCAGAGAAAGUUAUUAAAGGUUUCUAGAGAUAAAAGUUUUUUGUUGGACAGACUGUUACAGUAUGAAAGAGUUGAUGAAGAAUCUUCAGACUCUGAAGCUACUGUGUCCUCUGACAGUGAAGGUGAAGGGGCCAGAGAGAGAGACAGAGAAGCCAUAAAGAAGAGGAGGAGUCCUGGGGUUCCUCUUGUCCCUUCGUCGUCAUCUCCUCAUCUCUCGCUCCUGUCUCGUUCCGGUGCGGUUCCGCUCCAAUCGUCCGCUUCUGCACAGUACCUUAACACAUUACCUUUCCCUCCUGAGUAUUUGGCUCCCUCUGCUGAGCGAGUGAAGAAAGAGAGAAAAACAAAACUGGGCAAACACAAGAAAGAAGGUUCAGGGAAGGUGGUUAGCCCGCUGACAUCUAAUUACCCAGCAGGCAGUGGUGCCGCUGGGGUUACGAGUGGGCCAUUCAGCUGGGUCCCACAGCAGAUGCUGAGUGAAGAUGCAGUUGAGGAGGAGGGGGAAAGCGAGGGAGAGAGUGACAGAGGAGAUGAGGAAAGAGGAGAGGGAGACGAGGCAGAGCUCGUCAUUGACAUACCAAAUGAGUAAAGGUGCCAGAUGACACUGCCAGCCAAUCAUUUCAUCAUUAUAGUUUAAAGACCUUUUUCUAUGUCCUUUGUUUGUCUGAGCAAUAUUAAAUGUUAAAAAUCUGA